AUGAUUUCUACAUGGAUCCGGUGGGCAGUCCAUGGGAUGGUCGUCCGAUCGGCUCUUUUCCCAAUAUUAAUGGCUUUGGCUCUAGUCAUUCUGCUCACCUCCCACACAAGCUCUAUUGUCUCUUCAACCCGUGCCCAAGUUUCUUCUCCAUCAAGAUUUCGUGACGAUGCAUUAAAUACGUAUUCUGAUUCAAAUUCUCCCAAUCAGGAAGAUUCCCCGCUUAAAAUUUCUAGCGGUGAAAUUUCAUCUCGUUGUAACUCUUUAUUGACUUACGGAAGAUACUUUGACCAAGACAAAUUCUUGCCCAAGGCAUGGCAGCCCGACGGAUGCACUCUACACCCUUACCAAGAUAUUUCUGGCUCUUACCAAGCUUGUCUUGAACCUGGAGAUGAAAUCAUAGUCGCAGGCGACAUGACCACCAAACAGGUCUUUUAUGGAUUUCUCAACGCAUUAUGGCCUGAGCGAUAUUACAACCAAGUUGAAGAUGAGUUUCAUAACUUUGACUUUACAUUACCAACAGAUGUGCGCGUUCGGUUUUUAGCUAUGCCUUAUUUUAACGGAUCCAAUGCAGAUAUUAUUGCCGAUAUUGCUAAAAAUGGCACCAAAUCUCUUCACAAAGCUAAUGCUUUAAAACUUGCCCAAAAAAAUAAUCGUAUCAGCCAUCCUCGAUCAUAUCUUUUUGCAUCUGGAGGACUCCAGUUUUUUUCAAAAUCAACCAAUGAUGAACUCCCCCAGAAAAACCAUGAAUUCACUCAAAACUUAGGCUUAUUCCUCACUUCACUUUUAGACCCAAUCAGCCAGGAUGGUCACUUGGCUUUUGAACGGAUUUAUUAUGCCCCACCACUGAUUCCCUAUUAUCCCAUGCUUAACUCUACAAAUAAACAAGCCUACCCACUAGGACUUAUUACCAAUGUUGUGGCCAAUACUGAUAACCUUAUUAAAUUUCAAAGGGACCCUGAUGGCAGACCCUUAUCUGGGGGUAUAGUUUCGAAAGCAACUUUUGCUAAAAAUUUGAACCUACCUAAACUAUUUUAUGUUCCAGUGAUUAACGACCUUGUAGGAGCAAACCAUGCCGAAUUAUAUCAAACCGAUGGAAUCGGGUAUAUUGAACAAACACGUACUCUUAUGGCCAAUAUUCUGCUUAAUCAUAUGUGCAACCAAAGGCUUGCAGAUGCUGCAGAUGCUGGUGUACUUAAUGAACCUUUUAAAGGAACUUGCUGCGUCGACUAUGCCCCCGUUUCAGAAUCUUCACGAGCUGGUCUUUCAAUUCUUUUAAUCUUGUCAUUUAUUUCCAUUUUAUUUUUUUUCUUUAUUACAGUUAAUUCUGCUUCAGAAAGUAUGGGAGUUUCGGUUUUACAACUAGUUUUACCAGCAUUUACUUUACUAAUGACUCUGGUUGUGGUUUUCUAUGUCUAUUACACUGAACGCACCCACAAAUUUGUUAAAGUUGGUCUUAAUUAUACCCCAUAUUUAUUCAUAAUACUUAUCCAAUUUGUUGGUUUCUUGGGUGCAGCCUCAUUUGGUCCUACAAAAGCUCACAACUGGCAACUUAAAGAAUUUAAAGGAGGAUGCCUGCUAAUUUUACUUGCAAUUGAAAUAUCAGGAUACGAUAAUAUUGACUCCAAAUUUGAGGGCGCUCUUUUGGCUCGUUUAGCUUUGACAUCCUGGGCAGCAGUAGAUGUUUACAUUUACACUACCCAUUAUAUUUCUCAGUUAAGGAUUAACCAAUCUUCUUUUUACAAGGCUCUCAAGUUUCCCGCUAUAAACAUUUUGCAUGUAUUUUUGCUUCCCCAACUUAUAUCUUUACUUCUUAUUCCACAUGCAUCAGAAAAUCUUUCACACUUUCAGGUUCUUGCUACUGUUGCACCAAUCUCUGCUAAGCUUUUAUUUUGGUACAUGUUUGUGGCCAUUGUUAUUCCUAUUGUCUGUGCACUGACAAUAUCAUCAUUGGACUUUGUGACCAGACUGGGUAGUCACCAAAUGCGCAAUACUGCAGCUGUCGCUAUUCAAAUGACAGUGAUUACUUCUAUUGCUUUUGUUGUUUAUAUUUUACGCCGUCACUUAGUAUCACAAAUAGCUUUAGAUCGAAAUCAGACACUUUCAUCAUUUCAAUACAAAUACCAACGCCAACACCCUAUUCUUGAUGAUUUUUGGGUGCUUUUUUUUGCUGUACUUACCGCUUGGUUGGCCCACUCCAAGGAAAUUUUGAGCCCUGUUUUAACAGCAGAAUCGAAUCUUGGUGGAAAGUCAAUAGUCCAAAUUUUACAGGAAUGGAAGUUCCCAGAAAUAUUUUCCAAGUGGUCAGGAUAUAUUUCCGCAGUUCUAGCAUGUUUACUUGGAAAUUAUCUUUUCUACGCAUUUAAAUUCCCUAUUCCACAUCUUAAUGGGUCUGGAACGAUUGCUACGUUUUCUGAUUAUAACCUUGAACUAUAUGCUGAUUCUAUGGAGAACCGCGGAGCAGCAUAUACACCCGCCAUUCACACAUUGGUUACUCUUUCAAUCUUUGGAUUAUGGGCUGUGCUACGCUAUAAUGUAUUUUCAAAAAAAUAUGCUGCCCGUGCUUACAUUUUUGUAUCAUCUUGUGGGUUUGAGUUACUGGUGAUGCGUCGUCAUGUACUGCUUACGAAUUUUGGGAGCAAUUUCCUUUACAUCUUGUCCGGCGGGACCGGACAGCAGCCUAGAACUGACCCCUCGUGGGAUCUUUCUUACAGUCAAAACAGUGCUGUUGAUACCAUGGCAGAACGCUUGUCUCAAGGACCCGAUAAAUCAUGGUGGAUACUUUUUAGUCUGAAUCUUACUAUAACUUCAGGGAUUUGUAUUGUACUUGCAAAAGCAUGUGCAAUUGGUUGGGAGUAUUAUUUGGAUUCAACUGAAACUGGUGAACCGGAAAAAAGAGAUUCAUUUUAA